AUGGGGAGCGACGGCGAUGGCGACGGCGAGGCGGGGAUGCGGAUGCAGCUCGUGUCGGGGACGGGCGAGUUCGAUCGCGAGGGGCUCGAGCGAUUCGCGCGUGCGACGCGGAUGACGGAGUGCGGCUUGUCGUACGCCGUCAUCGCCAUCGUCGGACCGCAGAGCAGCGGUACGCGCCUUGCCUCAGCAGCGGUACGCGCCUUGCCUCAGCAGCGGUACGCGCCUUGCCUCAGCAGCGGCAAGAGCACGCUGCUGAAUCACCUCUUCCACACGACCUUCGAUGAGAUGGACGCUCUCAAGGGCAGGCGGCAGACCACGCAGGGCAUCUGGGUGGCGGAGGCGCGCGGCAUUCGGCCCUUCACCCUCGUGCUGGACAUCGAGGGCACUGACAGCCGCGAGCGCGGCGAGGACGACACCACGUUUGAAAAGCAGAGCUCGCUCUUUGCCCUCGCUGUCGCUGACGUCAUCAUCGUUAACAUGUGGUGCCACGACAUUGGUCGAGAGCAAGCCUCCAACAAGCCAUUGCUGAAAACGGUCUUUCAGGUGAUGAUGCGCCUCUUCUCGCCGCGCAAGGCCACGCUGCUCUUCGUCAUCCGCGACAAGACCAAGACUCCAAUGGAGACACUCGAGCCCAUUUUGAGGGAGGACAUUCAAAAGAUAUGGCAGAGCGUACCUAAGCCGCAGAAGCAUCAGGACACACCCUUUGCUGACUUCUUCAACGUGGAGGUCACAGCUCUCCCCAACUUUGAGGAGAGAGAGGAGGACUUCAAGAGCCAGGUAGCACGGCUGAGGGAGCGGUUUCAAGACUCGGUGGCGGAGGGGCGGCUGGCGGGGGACCGGCGGGGGGUGGUGCCGGCAUCGGGGUUCCCCUUGAGCGUGGCGGAGAUGUGGCGCGUGAUCCGCGAGAACAAGGACCUCGACCUGCCCGCUCACAAGGUGAUGGUGGCGACGGUGCGCUGUGAGCAGAUCGCCGCGGAGAAGCUCGCCCAGCUGCAGGAGAGCGAGGAGUGGGUGGAGCUACACGCAGCAGUGGAGGCGGGCAACGAGGCGGACCACUUCGGUGGGCGGGCCAACGAGCUCGCAGCUAGUGCUCUCGCCACGUACGAUGCGGAGGCGGCAUACUUCGAGGAGGGAGUGAGGGACAGCAAGCGCCAGUUCCUGCUCAAAGGCAUGAGCGCCCUCAUCCGCCCAGUGCACACGGCGGUGGUGGCGGCGGCAGCAGCGCGCUGCUUCGAUUCCUUCAAGAAGGACCUGGACGACGCCACAGGGGGGCGCGAGGGCAGUGCUGCCUCCUUUGCCAACUCCUCUGCUGCCUGCCUGCAGGCUGCUGCUGUCUCCUUUGACUCCGAUGUUGAGGACGCUGACAUGGCGCUAUUCAAUUGGUCGGUGGAGGACGUGACGGCGAAGCUCAUGGCUGAUAUGGAAUCCCAUGUGGCAUCGCUGCGAUCGCAGAAGCUCAAACAGAUCGUCACGGAUGCAGAGGCGUCCCUGUCAGAGGCAAUCUCGGAGCCCAUAGCAGCGCUGCUAGAGGCGGUGACGGACAACACGUGGCGGGACAUCCGGGCGGUGUUCUUCCAUCAGCUGGACGGCGCGUGCAGCGACGUGGAGCAGGCCGUGGCGGGGUUCCAGCUGGGGGACGACGAGCACACGCGGCUGAAGGGCGCCGUUGAGAUGGCGGGGAGGAAGGUGGUGGAGGAGCGCGUGAAGAGGGAGAGCCAGCACGCGCUGUCGCUCAUGAAGGACAGGUUCUUCGCGGUGUUCUCGCAGGACGACCAGGGCCUGCCGCGCAAGUGGACGGAGGGGGACGACAUCAAGGCCAUUGCCUUCGACGCUCGCAAGGCGGCGCUGAGGCUGCUGGCAGUGGUGGCGGCCAUGCGCCUGGACACGGUGGACGACUCCAUCGAGCCCACGCUCUUGUCUCUUCUGGGGGAGGGCGCAUCUGGGGAGGGCGGCGACUCGUCUCGGACCCAGGACGGGGAGUCGGGGGAGGGGGACGGGGAACAAGUGGGAGAAGGUCGCCCCAGACUGCACGUUCCUGUCGCCCGGGCAGUGCCGCGCGCUGUGGGGCAAGUUCAAGGCGGAGACCCAAUACGUGGUGGCGCAGGCCAUGCAGACGCAGGAGGCGAGUCGGCGCAACAACGCGUGGCUGCCCCCGCCGUGGGCCAUCCUAGCCAUGGUGGUGCUGGGGUGGAACGAGUUCAUGGCUGUGCUCAGAAACCCCGUGCUGCUGCUACUGGGAGUGUUUCUCUUCUUCAUGGGGAGGGAGGUCAUGGCGCAGCUGGACCUGGGGGGCAUGUUCGACAACGGCCUC